GGACAGCUUGGCGUACCCGAAGUGGAUUGGAACUUGGAAAUUACUCGCUUGUAAAUCACCAGCACCAUGUUUUACCACAUAUCGCUCGAGCACGAGAUUCUGCUCCAUCCGCGAUACUUUGGACCGCAGCUCAUCGAGACGGUUAAGCAGAAACUGUACACCGAAGUCGAAGGCACGUGCACCGGCAAGUACGGGUUCGUCAUUGCCGUCACAACGAUAGACGAUAUCGGCUCCGGCACGAUACAGCCGGGCCAAGGAUUCGUGGUGUAUCCCGUCAAGUACAAAGCGAUCGUCUUCCGACCCUUCAAGGGCGAGGUGCUGGACGCGACCGUCAAACAGGUCAACAAAGUGGGCAUGUUUGCCGAAAUCGGCCCGCUCUCGUGCUUCAUCUCGCACCACUCCAUUCCGGCCGAUAUGCAGUUCUGUCCGAACGGUGCGCCGCCGUGCUAUCGGGCGAUGAAUGGCGAGAGCGUGAUAGCGGCGGAAGACAAGAUUCGGCUUAAGAUUGUCGGUACGCGUGUCGAUGCGACCGGUAUUUUCGCUAUCGGAACCCUGAUGGACGAUUAUCUCGGGCUAGUGGGCAGUUAGUGCUCUGGUACCAUGGAGCACGCUACUUAUUUAAGAUUUCCUACUUUACGUAUCUUUAUCGAUGAAAUAUAAACAAUGGUUUGCUAGCGUC